UUCACCUUUGUAGCCCACAUCACACUUUUUGGGCAUAAAAGAAGAAAAACAAGGUGUAAGAAUCCUGGAGCCUGUGGAGCAAACAGCGGCUGCACUGCUCAAUCUCAGCGCCAAUAUGUUGUACCUGGAGAGCAAUCCUCCCACAUCGUACAGUGAGCCACAGUAUACAAGUCUGGGGCUUCUGAACAGCAUGGAUCAAAAUAAUGGAUCCACCUCCACUAGUCCCUACAACAACGAGCAUGCUCAAAACAAUGUAACAGCUCCAUCACCCUAUUCUCAGCCCAGUUCCACCUUUGAGGCCCUGUCUCCAUCACCUGCAAUCCCAUCUAACACAGACUAUGCUGGCCCACACACUUUUGAUGUGUCUUUCCAGCAAUCAAGCACAGCCAAAUCAGCCACCUGGACGUAUUCCACAGAACUAAAGAAGCUGUACUGUCAGAUCGCCAAAACCUGUCCCAUUCAAAUCAAGGUUCUUACAAGUCCACCCCAGGGUGCAGUCAUACGAGCCAUGCCUGUUUAUAAGAAAGCUGAGCAUGUUACAGAGGUGGUCAAACGGUGCCCGAACCAUGAACUAAGCAGAGAAUUCAAUGAUGGCCAAAUAGCUCCACCCAGUCACCUGAUUAGGGUUGAGGGGAACAGUCAUGCCCAGUAUGUGGAGGAUUCCAUUACUGGGCGUCAGAGUGUGCUGGUACCUUACGAGCCCCCUCAGGUGGGCACAGAGUUCACGACCAUACUCUACAAUUUCAUGUGCAACUCCAGCUGUGUUGGUGGCAUGAACAGACGGCCAAUCCUCAUAAUCGUCACAUUGGAAACUAGAGAUGGCCAGGUUUUGGGGCGACGAUGUUUUGAGGCCCGUAUCUGUGCAUGUCCUGGACGCGACCGCAAAGCAGAUGAAGAUAGUAUCCGCAAACAACAUGUCAGUGAUGGAACAAAGAGCAGUGAGGGUACGAAACGCCCUUUCCGCCAAGCAUCUCACCUCUCCCAGAUGUCAUCCAUUAAAAAGAGAAGAUCCACCGAUGAGGAAGUUUUUUGUCUGCCUAUUAAGGGUCGUGAAAUAUAUGAGAUUUUGGUGAAAAUCAAAGAGUCUUUGGAACUCAUGCAGUUUCUCCCUCAGCAUACUAUUGAAUCAUACAGACAGCAGCAACAGAACCUUCUGCAAAAACAGAGCUCUCUGCCAUCUCAACCUACUUUCGGUUCCAGCUCACCUACACUCUGCAAAAACAAGCUCCCAUCAGUCAGUCAACUUAUUAACCCCCAGCAACGUAACACACUCACCCCAUCAAACAUGGCUGGAGGACUGGGUGAUAUGACUCCCACUAUGAUGGGUGGCCCUGUUCCUAUGAACACAGACAUGAGUGUCCUCAGCCCAACCAACCCUUUGCAGCCUCAGUUACAAAUGGUGCCCUCAUCUCACUGUACACCUCCGCCACCCUACCCAAUGGACAACAGCAUUUCCAGCUUCUUGUUGAGGCUGGGCUGCUCAGCUUGCUUGGACUAUUUCACUGCUCAGGGUCUGACCAAUAUCUACCAGAUUGAGAACUACAACUUGGAGGACUUGUGCAGGCUGAAAAUUCCCACAGAAUUCCAGCACAUCAUCUGGAAAGGCAUCAUGGAGUUCCGACAGACCAUGGAAUUCUCUCCACCUCCCCACGUCUUGCGCACCUCUAGUGGAACAUCCACUGUCAGUGUUGGCUCCACUGAAGCGCGAGGUGAGCGUGUAAUUGAUGCUGUGCGUUUCACCCUCCGUCAGACCAUUUCCUUCCCCCCUCGAGAUGACUGGACAGAUUUCUCCUUUGACCUAGCUCCUGAUUCUCGCCGUAACAAGCAACAGCGCAUCAAAGAAGAGGGUGAAUGAACGUGACGCAAUCAUUGCAAUAUACUAUGUUGUAUGCGAAUGCUUAUUUUACACAUUCCUUUCAUUUAAACACACUUUGGUGUUGGUCCAAAUCGUUUCACAGUUUUCCUCUGCAAGUGAUAAAAAAACUGUGAGCUUUAUAGUGCUGUAGUUCACAUAAAAUUAAAUAUGCAGAUAAAAUGCACUUAAAAUUCUUAGUUUCAUUUUUCCUCUGGUGGAUUUAGCUCUUCUUGUUGUUUCAAGCCUUUAUAAUAAAUGUUAGCAGCUGUGGCUGUGGGAAAUGGUGCUUUGCUAAUUCAUUUUUACUCUUUCUUAAGACAAAGCACUUAAGAAAUAACUGUUACUUCUUGCAAAAUUAAACACUGAGCUUUUGGGAAAGCUUUUUUAUGUUUUUUUUUUCAAAUAUUUCCCUCCAGUAUGAACUUUAGUGUUAAAUAUUUGUAAUCUUGUUUUGAUCAUUCAGGCAGAUUAACAAUAGCCAACUGUAAACGUUGACAUUUGUCAGUUUUGAUUAUAUACAUUUCAAAGCACAUGGACCUUUAUACUUACAGAAAGUGUUAUUCAUCCUUUUUAUUUGUGGUGAAAGACUGUGGUCAUGUAAUAUUGUAAACCCUUUCUUGUAUCUAUUAGUAGUAAAUCGCAGUGUAUUAAAUUGCUCCUAAUGGUUGUUAAAAUGCAUAUUGCUGCUGUCCUUCAGAAACCUCUAUAUUUAGUGAUUUUAUUUCUUGCUAUAAAACAUUACAAUUAGUCACCCUUUAUGUUUAUCAAUAGGGUUUGCAAAUAUCUAACCAAUUAAAAGUAUUAACAAGUGAUUGCCAACGUUUUUACAUGAAUUUAAUCAUGUAAAAAGUACUGUUGUUUUGAAUUUCCUGAAAAUUUGGACAUCGGAUGGUUUGGAAGGACAGUGUCAAUAAAAAUAAAUUUUGUUUAUUGCCCAAAGUCUAAAAGUUAUUUACAUUGGCCAUUCCUACAGUAUUUGUUUUUACCACGUUUUCAAAUCACAUGAUACUUGUUAGCAUCGUGGCAUUAUUGUACAGUUUUUUUACAUUCUUUAAUUUCACAUUAAUUUGACAAGGAUUAUUUUGUAUAUAUUGCUUGUUUUGAUAUAAACCAAAAAAAGUUGCAUUGUUUCUGUGUUUGUAGAGACAAAUCAAAUAGUCACUUGAAAAUAUGCAUUUAAGUAUCAAAAGCAUUAGGCCUAAGAUUACUAGAAACAUUUUUAUAAGGGACUGUGCUGGCCUUCAAAUAUAAUGUUCAGAAUUUGCAUAGUGGGACAAAAUUAAAGAUUUAUUUCUUGCACUCAAAGUAUGUAGCAUGUGCCUAACGUUACCCAUAGUUUUCCUGACAUUCAUUUGACAUGUGUUGACAUUUCAUACUGUAAUCAUUUAUUAUGGUAAAUGGUCUGUGUACACAUUUUUGUUUUCAAUGUAAACCUGGUGUAUGAAUCUAGUCUCAUCAGUAUCAAUCCUUUUUGGUACACUUCUGACACAUUUAACAACUCUGUACUUUCUUUAGAAGACUUGGUAGAAAUAUUUGUUAAAUAAGAAUGUUAAAAGAGACAGUCACAAAUCUGUACAUACAACAACUGUUGUUUGGAAGUAUUUGUCAUAAUAGUACUGCAUCUAGUCUCCAAGCAACAUGUAGAAAAGCAUUCUGUCUCAAUAAUAAAGAUAAUUUGUUCCUUUUA